AUGGGAGUUCUUGUGGCAGAAAGAGUGAAGCUUAUUUGGGUGUUGCUUGCUCUUCAGUUUUGCCUUGCAGUAUUUCAUAUUGUCUCUAGACUGGCACUCAAUAUAGGUGUCAGCAAAGUUGUUUACCCCGUUUACAGAAACUUACUUGCCCUGCUUUUGUUGAGCCCGCUUGCUUAUUUCUUUGAAAAGAGUCAGAGACCACCCCUUACUAUAUCCUUACUGGCUCAAUUCUUCCUUUUAGCAUUGGUGGGGAUCACGGCAAACCAAGGUUUUUACCUGUUGGGAUUAUAUUAUGCAUCUCCAACUCUUGCUCCUGCAAUGCAAAACUCAGUUCCUGCCAUCACUUUUGUGAUGGCAUCAGCUUUAAGACUUGAGGCUGUCAACGCGACAAGGAGAGAUGGAUUGGCAAAAAUUCUGGGAACAAUCGCGUGUGUAGGGGGAGCCACUAUAAUUAUUCUUUACAAAGGCCCUCCUCUUCUGCACCUGCAGAUGCACCAAAUAGAAGGAUAUAUAUUAGCAGUAGACCAGGCUUCAAGAAAUAUGCAAAACUGGACUUGUGGUUGCAUAUACUUGCUUGGAAAUUGUUUAGCAUGGGCUGCUUGGAUGGUUUUUCAGGCUUCUAUGCUGAAGAAGUAUCCGGCAAAACUAACACUCACGUCAUUUACAUGCUUCUUUGGAGUGAUCCAGUUCUUGAUGAUAGCAGCCUUUGUAGAAACUGAUUGGGAGCGUUGGAAGAUACAAUCUGCAGAGGAACUUUUCACUAUUUUAUAUGCUGGUGUUGUUACAUCCGGCAUUGUGGUAUCUGUCCAGACAUGGUGUAUUCAAAAGAGUGGCCCGGUGUUUGUGGCAGUCUUCCAGCCCCUACAAACCUUUAUAGUUGGCGUCAUGGCAGCCCUUAUUUUUGGAGAUCAGUUAUACUCUGGAGGGGUUGUGGGUGUAAUUCUUAUAGUGCCUGGGCUCUACUUGGUGCUAUGGGGAAAAACCAACGAGAAGAGAUUUGCCAACUCAGAAGAAACGUCGGUGACGAAGCCUUUGCUCAGUGGUGAAAGUGGUGCAGCUCCCAAAGACAUACCGUGA